AUGAGUGACCAGGCGAGCAUGAGGCGGACGGUGGUGUGCGUCCUGAUAUCUUGUCUGGUGGUUCAGGUGAUGGGAACUGCUGACAUCAUGAAGGACGUGACCCUGGGCUUUGGAGAAGCGCUACAGCAUUGUAGGGAAGAGAGCCAGCUAACCGAAGAGAAGAUGGAGGAAUUUUUCCACUUCUGGCGGGAGGACUUCAAGUUCGAGGCCCGCGAGGUGGGCUGCGCCAUCAAAUGCAUGAGCCGCUACUUCAACCUGUUGACUGACUCGCAUCGGAUGCACCAUGAGAAUACUGACCAGUUCAUCAAGUCUUUUCCUAAUGGUGAGGUGCUCUCCAAACAGAUGGUGGAAAUAAUCCACACUUGCGAGAAGAAGUUCGACGAGGAGGAGGAUCACUGCUGGCGGAUCCUGCGGGUGGCUGAGUGCUUCAAGCACACCUGCAUUGAGAGGAACAUCGCGCCUACUAUGGAACUGCUUAUGGCUGAGUUUAUCAUGGAAGCUGAAACUUAAACAGUAAACUUGGAUGUUGUAUACUUUUAGUUUAGUACCUAGGUAGAAUAAGAUAAAUGAGUAAAUGUUAUUUUUAUAGGACAUCGAUAGUAUUUAUUUAGAAAAAUAUGUAAUUACCUACUGGAAUAAAAUAAAAUAUGAA